AUGGCGAACCGCACUGUUUCGGACGCUAAAACGGUGAAAGGAACCAAUCCCCAAUAUCUUGUCGAAAAAAUCAUCCGUUCGCGUAUUUAUGAGAGUAAAUAUUGGAAGGAACAAUGCUUUGCCCUUUCAGGUAAGCCGUUUGAGUGUUUCAAAUUUGUUUUCUUUGUUUUGCCCAACAAUGUUGUGCUUUGUGCACAGUUCUGUAAACGUAACCGUUUGCAAGAUUUUUUCAGGCUGAGCAUUUUGAUAACCUCAAAAAACGUUUAGCAGAUGCUGUUUUCAUUUAAGAUGAAGAAAAAAACGAGACGAAAGCUUUCUUGACAACUUAAAAAUACCUUAACUAGAGCAAAUCUUAGAAACGUUUGUCAGUGUUAUGUAUCGGUCAAAUCGAAGCUCCAACAUUCCCCGGGCAUACCCCGGGCAUUAGACACCUUUGCCGUCCCGGGGAGGAGGGAAUUUGAUUAGCAGAGACUUCCAGGGGGUGGGAAAUUGGAUCCCCGUGUGUUAGGGGUGGGGAAUAUGAAUUGCACCCUCGAUUUCAUGUGAAAUCUUUGGCAUGUUGAGCUAUCAUGGGGGACGCGGUGUUAGAGGAUUUUCGUGGAAAAGGUUGUGCCUUUGUGGCCAAUUGGUUACGAGGCAAGGGCUUAAACUAGCUUUGUGCCGUAUUUGAAGGUAUUUAAGUUUUAAUAGUUUUAAUAUUGGAUUCAGGUUUUGAAUAUGAAUGUAUUAAGUUGUGUUUACAAUGAAAUACAUUACCUAUACCGGUGAUUCAAUACAACAAUUAAAAGCUCAACAGAGGUCAAUAGCGCUUUCUACUAAUGACGUCACAAAUUCCUGGUCCCUGCUGUGACUCAGACAUUAAACCUGACCAGUGUAAGAGUUUAGUAUGGGAAAGACUGUGUGAUUGCGAGAUGCGGUUCGCUAGUCCAAUCCACAAAAAUGACCCUUGCUCGCCAACGAGUCCUCAGUAGCUCAGAGGUUAGAGCAUCUGAUCUGGAACAUGAAGGGUUGUGGGUUCGAAUCCCAUCUGGGGUUCAGAUUUUUUCUGUGUCCUCUUAUGGUUGAUUCUUUACAUCUCCCUUUAUUUCCUUUAUAAAGUCACGUUCGGCAACAAAUUUUUCUCGUCUUUGAGGAUGUUUAUCGUCAAAGGAAACAAAAUCUAGCCUGAAUUUCAUCCAAUUACUUCGAGUCGUUAUUACUCCCUCAGUAACGUCUGAAUCGACCAGCCAUUAAUGCCAUCCAGUGACGUCACUACUCCUUGACCUUUGCUUUAAUUCAUGCAAAAAGUAAAACACGAUUUUCAAGUGGCAAACCGAGAAAUAUCGUUUGGAAAUGUCUGCAUGAUACAGAAUCGCUUUAUUUUUUUCGAUCGUAAUUCAUGUCUAACAUUCAAACUAUCGACUGCAUGCAGUACAACUCUGAACCGGUUGUACUGAAAUCUAUAAUCAAACUCGAUUGCGAUCACGCAAUGAAAUAAACACACACAUGAAACACUUAGUUCAAAAACACAAGAUUUGCUUUAAUUGAAAAGAAGCUAUUUGGUCCUUAACGAAUAAAAAAAAAACAAGGAAACCAGAAAGAAAAGCUAACAGAAUCAUUACACUUGAUGGUGAAAAUAACAAGAAGGUCGAACUAUAACUGUACAUUGAUCUCAGAAAACUUCGUGUAAACAAAAUCACUGGCCGCCAAAACCACAAAGCGGCUCUAAAUGAAAAACCUACUGACUGUCCGCAAUGAUUCUUCAUUCACAGAAAUUACAUACAGUGUGCACAUUGUGUAGGUCACAUUUGAUUUCAAGUAAAUUUUGAUUUAACCUGGGUUGAUUAUCUAUGACUGCCUUUGUCUCCUAGUCCCAAAGAACAAAAGAAAUCGAAAAUCAACCAACAGUGUAGGUUAAAAAAACUUUAGCAUGAAAUCCAAAUUAAUUUGACCUGUAACAUCUGUAGAAAUGUAUAUUAAAAUUAUUACUCAGCAUUACAUGUACAUGUAUGUCAAGAUUAAACAUUCUGAAAAGCAUUUGCAUCCUGAAGUUUAGCCUGAGAAAACAGCUGACAUUUUUGCAAUGCCACCACUGGUCUCCCAAGAUGUCUGAGAAACGAGAACAGAAACUCGAUGCUGAUGAUGUGUCAUGACCAAGAUCUGGGUAGUGUUUCAGAGUGGUUAAAAUUUUGCUUCAACCAAUAAGAAGCACUACCCAGAUCUGUGUAGUGACACGUCAACAAUAUGGAAUAUCUGUAUAGAAUAUCUUGGUACUUUGCAAGGAAACCAGUGGUUUUUUUAGGAAAUGUUGGCUGUUUUCUCAGGCUACGUGAAGUUUGAACAUGUGGUUAUUCUGUCAUAUUUAAUUCUGGACACGGUGCCAAUAUUAUGUUGUUGUCUUUUGGGCUGUGUGCGAACACCUAAUCGAAUUAUUAGAAUGUGCAGGCAGUGUUUUCUACCAAAGCGGUUUGUGAAGCUGCUUGUAAGCAAGUUGGUCAAAAAUUACAAAAACUGAUUGUUUACAGAAAGAGUGUUGCAUACAUGUACAUUGUUUACCUAAGUUUUCCUUUUUCAUGCAUAGUGCUCUGUGGAAAUAUUACUACGUGCAAUGCUCUUCUUAACGGUGAUUUAAUUUAUCUCUGGACAUCCUGCAUGUGCAAUGUACAUGUACCAGUACAUAGUGUUAGGGUGCUGAGUUUUCUUUUCUUUUUUUUAACACUUAGCUGAGUUAUUGGUAGACAAAGCCAUGGAGAUAGAUCAUGUUGGAGGCACAUUUGGAGGAAACAUUAAGCCAACACCUUUCCUUUGCCUGGUGUUGAAAAUGUUACAAAUUCAGCCUGAAAAGGAAAUUGUUGUAGAGUUUAUCAAGAAUGAGGACUACAAGUAAGCCAGACAACAAUAUUAUUACUUGACUGUAUAUUCAUUGAGGUGUAGUGAAACACAUGUGGAUGGUGCAGUCUCUCCUUUCAUUCAUGUUUUAAAUACUGCCAUUAAAUUUUGAAACAUUGAUCAUUAAAAAGUUAACAUAAAUUAAAACUUCAAAAAAUUAAUGCUGUAUGAGGUGUCAAACUGAGCUAAAUUCUUCUCAUUGCUAGGAAACAGUAUUCUAAAAGUCAUUUCUUAUUUCUAAUGAUUGAAUUAAGCAAUAGAAAACGUUUUCUGUGUUUGCAUAGCCUGAUAUAAACACGAGAGGCAGGGUUUGAGCUAGAAUUUGAUCACUGGGGGACAAUUUGUCCCCUUGGCUAAAAUUUUGGGGGACGUUUUUAUUUUUAGGGGGACAGAAAUUUGUACACCCUUCUGCUGAUGCAAAGAGGUUUGUCUUCUUAGAUUUCUGACAAAAAUAGCUGAACAUCGCCUGAGACCUUUUCAUAACACAACCACGUGUGAUCUCGUGAUUUUUUUGGGUUUCCUUCAAUCCUCAUCCGUUUCUUCCUGAUUAAUACACUGUUCUUCUUCUGUAUCAUUUUUCUCUGAUUCACUCUGGCUUUGAUUUGGAACGAAACAGCUUUCUAAUGUUCGAACACGUUUUCGAUGUGACAUGUUAACGAUUGCCAGGCGCGUUCACCAUGCUUAGUUAGAAGCUGUUAGAGCAUGAAAUGUAUGUGUUCAGUAGAGCAUGACUGAAACGUGACUUUAGAAUGAUAAAAUAUGCUUUCCAUGUUCUGUUUUAGCUUGCAAUUUCUGUACUGAACUAAAUCUCUUUGUGUGUGCUUCCUUUCAAGUUUUUUUCCCUAAAUUUUGAAGGGGACAAAUUGUCCCCUUGGCCGCUUUUUUAAGGGACAAUUUCAAUUGCAGUGCGGGAUUGGCGCAAUGGCGCGGCCUGGCUCAAACUCUGGAGAGGGGUUGGGAGAAUUUGAAAAAGUUAUGUAAACCCGAGACGAAGUCAAGGGUUUGCAUAACUGUCGAGAAUUCUCCCAACGCCUCGUGUGUUUAUACCAGCCUAUGCAAACUCAGGAAAAAAGUUUUCUAUUUCUUUUAUAAAAUAACUUUCCCGAGAAAACGCAAAACUCUUUGUAUGGCUCUGAUUAAGAGAGAAAUUCUUACCAGUUGCAAAGUCUUGUCCUUGAAGUCUUGCCCGCGUAAUCAGUUGUUGUUUUGCAAAAAGAUGCUCUCCAAAAUAUGGAUUUUUCUCACUUAAAAUGUCAGCUUAAGCGAAGAAAAAUUGACACACCUUCUUUGUAACGAUUUUCCAAGUUUCAGCCGACGAAGGAAUGGGUAACUAAAGUAAAAUUGUGGAGUUUUGAACUCAAAAACAUUUUCAAAUUCGUGCUUGCCUGAUUAGCGUGCGAAAAGCAAAAUAUCUUGAUGCUACAACCAUGUUUACAUACUCCUCUCGCCAAUCAGAGUGCACGUACUUUUUCUUAGUUAUUUUAUGAAAUGUGAUAUAAUGUGAUAUAAAGUGUACUUAGUGGUGCCUUGAAUAUUCUUUGCUUAAGUUUGAUACUGUGUAACUCUUUAGAUAUGUGCGAGCUUUGGGAGCCAUGUACAUGAGACUGGUAGGGACAUCACUUGACUGUUAUAACUAUCUGGAGCCACUCUACAAUGACUACAGGAAAAUCAGAAGAAAGGACAAAAUGGGAAGUAAGUAACAGAAUGAUACUGUAUGUAUUGUAUAAACGUGUCAUAAACAGUUUUACCAUAUUUAUUCAAUUAACCGCCCUGGGCGGUAUUAAAUUUUUGGACCUUGAGAGUGGGCACUUAUGCAAGGUGGGCGCUUAUUCGAGGCUGGGUGCUUAUUAAAUUUUCACUAUUCUCAACAAGUGUAGUAGUUUAUUUUGCAACAAAACAGUAAAUGCUAAUAACAAAAAGCGAAAGUGUAACAAAAGCAAGGUUUCUGUAAAAUACUCUGAAGAAAACUCCAUCUUCGGGAGGGUCUCUUAUUAUCUCUUAUUUGAGUUUUUGUGGGAGGGAGUGGGGUGGGGUGUUCGCUUAUUUGAGGCUGGGCACUUAUUAACUUUUUCUGCCUUUAGGAUGGGUGCUUAUUCAAGGUGGGCGCUAAUUCGAGGUUGGGCGCUUAUUCGAAUAAAUAUGGUAUCAACAUUUCUAUUACAGUGGAGGUUACUACAUGUAUUACAACCUGAUUAUGUAAAUUAGUAGCAAAAUAAUAAAUUUACUGAAUAGUGUCACAGAAACAAAACUUGGUUAAUCUUUUGGAGUUACAUGUUACUACUACAGCGUAUGAGUUAUAUUGUACAGAUCAAAUUUGAUUUCAGGUUAAUUUUUUUUUCACCUACACCUGUACAGGGUUGUCACCAAGAUUUCAAGUUGCCGGGUAAAUACAACAAGUAGGCGGGGAAUCAAAUGGCCAGGGAUUUCUUUUGGUUCUAUUUUUCUUCUAUUUUCCGAUAAAAUUAGGCGGGGCUACUCUCUUAGUAGCCAGGGAAAAUCGCCCCGGCUUUAAUGACAACCCUGCCUGUAGCAGGGUGCAAAGAAAGUCAGUUUUACAGCUUGCCAUCCAAGUAAGCUGUAGCUAGCAUGUAAUAGCUGAAGUUGUUUCAACCAGCCUGCCAAAAAAAUUGGAGCAGUAUUGAUUACAAUUGAUUUGUUACAAUUCCAGUGGAAAUGUCACAAAAUAUUGGCUGUUUACUCAGGUUACAGAAUCCCUUUUGUUUUUCCUUUCACAUCUUAAUUCAGAAAUCCCAGUGAGCUUUAAAUAACAGCAGUCCUAAUUAGCUCAAGAAAGCAAAACGCUAAAGGAUUAUGUUGGUAGAAGUAAAAUGGCGUCAUCAUGCCAAUUGCCUGUUGUUAUUUAAACUUUUGCAUUUUCAAUUUAAAAGAAAUGGAGCUAUCGCACAUGGAUGAGUUUAUUGAUGAGCUGCUCAGGGAAGAGAGAGCCUGUGAUGUGAUUUUGCCACGCAUUCAGGUAACGGUGUUUAGUUGUUCAGAUACUGGACGCACCCAUCCAUAGUAGAAAUGCACAUGCCUUAAGAUAAAGUCAUCAUCUGCGUUCAAAACGAUUCAUUGGGUGCUGUUUUAGCCACAUGUUUACAUUGUACAUUAUGUAAUGAGUUUCACAAUCAUGCACUUUAUCAUAGGGCACAAAUCUGCAUUUAAGUAGACCAUUGUGAAAAAAUGUUAAAUAUUCCAUUUUUAUGCAUUACGCACAUACAAGUUAAUUUUUCAAGUGGACAUGUAAGGAAUGGUCUUGCAGUAAACGAUUUGGACCAUAGUUCUAUAGGUGUAGAUUCAAGCAUUAAAGCCAUCAUGCUCUUUUGCUCAGACAAACAACACUUUGCUCCACUCGACCUCUCUCCACCCACAUUUAGGUUAAUACAGUGUAAAUAGUUACCGGAGAGGACAAGCAUUAAGUCCAGGGAGAGUGACAAUUCCAAUAGGUGCCUCUUGCUGCUUAAACCAGGGCAAUCCUUCCUAUUACACUGUACAUGUAUCUGUGCCUCACUGGUCCAAAGGGCACCUUUCCUUCACUUUGUUUGUAAAAACGUGUCACUGUGUAGUUAGUAUAGAAAGAGUGAGCAAUUACUAGCUGAUUCAGAACCAUUCAUGAAUUGUGUGGUGGUUGAGAAAAAACAUAAAUUGACCCUCAAUCUCUCAAACAAUGUUUGGUCAGAUUUAUAAAACAAAGCGGAUUUAGGAAGACGAGGGAAUAAAGACAUUUUUUACCCUCUGGUAUGACUGCAAACGUUAGCUGUUAUUGACAUUUGUGAACCUACACUGUAGCUUUUCAUUAUAAUUGGAGGUUUCCAACAAUACAUUUGUAUUUUCUUUGUUUAUGAAAGGCCUCUAUAAAAGGUUGAAAAUCUAAAAAAAAAUGGUCAUUCAUUUGAUAAAUACCUAAAAUCUGAACGUGAAAUAAUCCUUUAUUACGUUUAGCAGCCUGAACAAAAUUGUACAGUUUCAUAAGCAACUUAUCAGCUAUGUAUUUGCUUUUUCAGAAGCGGCAGGCAUUGGAAAACAAUAACCAGCUGGAACCAAGGGUAAGUAACGGUAAAAUACACCUAAUUGCAAUGAAAAAAGUGGAAAUUUUCCAAGAAAUAAAAGUACAUGAAGGAAUAAAAUCAGGAACAUCGGCACAUCAGGCAGACCACACUCUGUUUGUGCGGCGGUUGUUGUUUUAUAAAUCUGAGCAUCGAACUUUUGUACUGAAAGUUUUUACGUGAAUUGGUAAUCCCGAAUAAUAAUAAUAAAACAAAAGAUUGACGCAUUCUGGUUGUACAUUAGUAAUCAAAAGACGCAACCUAAGCAUGCGGUUAAGUGUAGUUGUAUAUAGAGGUAGGUGUACAUAUAUUUUGAUAGGUAGAUAACUCUGUUUUGUCUUACGUGCACAUAGCGAAGCCUUCUUGACGAUGAUUUAGAAGACAUGGAAUCCGAGUCAGAGGAAGAGGAGGAGAGACAGGUACAAUGGAUGUUCUUUCCAGACACAGUAUCCAGUGGCGAAUCCAGACUCCGGCCCAAAGGACCGCAAAACUUUUUUUGGACACCGCACCACCCUCCCCCCCCCCCCAACACCCGAAGGUCUAGAUGCGCCACUGGUAUCAUUACCCCAUGUUAGGUUUCAGUGCUAAAUUACCCGCAGGAAUGUUGUGCUUAUAGCAUAGAAUUUCUUGCAAUAAAGUAUUUAAGAAAGAUACACUGAAGGCCCCCUUUAAACAUCCCUUUCAACUCUUACAAGGGUGUGCCUUUAUUUACAACAUAAUUUUCGUCUUUAGUUUUUCGCGCCUUGGCGUUGCAGGGAGGCGAGGUCUGAGAGAGCUGUGCGACCAGGGAAGGCGCAGAAAAAACUAUCGUUUUAAAGUAUAAGAAAGGUUUACAUCGACUUGUGAAGUUACACGCAAAAAAGGGCUUAUUUAUGAACUCCAAGCAGCUUCAAACAGCUGAGGGUUUCACUUUUGCUAAGGGGUCAAAUUAAUGUACUCCCUCGCUUGAUUUUUACUCAGUACUCAUUAGUUAACCAGCCUUCUCCUUUUGCACUGUUCACAUCGUUUUUAGUCACUCACAGUGAUCUUUCCAUGUUUUAUAAAGUCCCCACGUCGGAGAAGCAGAAGUCGCAGUCCUUCACCAAAGCGUGGAUACCGUGAUCACGACAAAAGUCGAAGACGCAGCCGAUCUCCAGCACACCACAGGUACAGUGUACAUUUAUGACGAGGAGACUGUGAUAAGUCUAGAGUAACAGUAGUGUGGGCACGCUUUACGGUCAUUUCGCCCCCAAGUCAAUUCGCCCCGGUUACUUAUCCCCCUAUUUUAGAACAAGGAAUGUUUUAUUUGAAGCUUGCUUGUCAUAGUUUAUGGCUUUAAGAACGCGGAAUAUUACACUUGAAGGGCGCUUGGUUUGCUUUACGGCAUAUAGAAAGAGGAACAUUACAUUUGAAGCGCGCUAAAUGACUCGAAAAUAGGGAACUAAGUAACCGGGGCGAAAUGACGUAGCGGGGAAACGAGAGCGUGGGCCGAGAGUGACGCCAUUAACCCUUUAAGCCCUAAGAGUGAUCAGCAUCAAAUUUCUCCUUGUAAUAUCUAGUAAUAUGUGCUUUGUAAAACAGUGGUCAUGAAAAUUGCGGACAUGAUCAAACAAGAUGAAUUUCCUUGAUAUUUCAUCAACUUCUCCGCACUCCUUGUGUAGGAAGUGAAUAGGGGCAACAAAUGAGAAUUCAAAUUUUGAUCUUAGGGUUUAAAGGGUUAACCUUGAACUAAAGGAAGAUUCCUUGGUGUAGCAGUCUCAGACUGUACAGUACGUCGUCAGACAAAAGAUACGCAAAAUAGCGAGCUUUUAUGCUUGGUCAUUCUUAUCCAGACUGCAGGAAGUAAGCUAAGAAAGAGUUGAUACUAAUGACACAAAUGAUUCUUAGGCUUUCCCAUUAUACAUGUAGUCACUAACGAAUCGAGUGUUCGAAGAUUUACCUUAAAAGUUAUUUAUUCAUUCAUUGCUUGUUUGUUUAUUAUUUAUUUGUUAUUUUCCCGAUAGACGCAGUCGGUCCAGAUCACCCCGUCGUCGUCGACGAAGGUACGUUACAGAGUUAAAGGGGCAUGGAACCCAUUUGCUGAUUAGGGCAGCCUGCAGUGCAGGCCUUUUCUUCGGGUGCGAAUGUUUUUGCUCGCGAAAGCGCCAUGUUGAAACUCCAAAAGAGAGGAGGAAAUAACCAAAGAUGGCGGCUACAACAAUUACGAACAUAAACAAGCAGCUUUCGCCCCCAAAAGACGCCUGCGCUUCAGGCUAAAAUUAGAGCUUUUGUUAUACCUCUGCGGGGUUGACCAAUUUAAACAGGAAAGCAAAAACGGCACGAAUUCUCCCUGUAGUUGUAGUCUGCAGAUGCCGUCAAUGUGAAGAUGACCUAUUUGUUAUAUGGAAUUAGUAGGCAAAUUUGCAUAAAGGGGGGAGGGGGAGGGGGGCAGGGGCAGAAAGUAACGGAAGAUGACCUCUACCGCCAUACUUAUUGAUUAGUUGAGAAGGAAAUUCAGGAAAAUGAGAGAUCGCUCGGUUAAGAAGUAAUGGUAGUGACCUUUGUUAUCCGACAAUUGUCUUAUAAAUUGAUUAUUUGCGUCUUUUAUCAUUUUAGUGCUUCUCCCAAAAGGCGCGGACACAGAAGCCGAAGUCGUUCUCCGCAUCGUCGUCAUUCCAGAUCACGCUCUCGGUCGCGUUCGCCUCAUCGUCGGCGUCACCGUUCAAAGUCGAAGUCACGAUCAAGGUCUCCGGACAAGUCGUCAAAGAAAUCGAAGAAGUCGGACAAAUCCGACAAGAAACGAGAGAAGGAAAGCGAGAACAGUGGAAUGAGUAAAGAAGAGUUGGAGAUUAAGGAGGCAAAUGAACUCAGGGCUAAGCUUGGCCUCAAGCCCUUAAAACCUUGA